AGAGCCAUUUUCACCGUUGAGUAAGAGCACGCUGCUGUUUCGGGAGAGAGGAGGGAAAAAAAGAAGGCACAGUUACUGGAUUUUUCCCGGAUCCUAGUCGUCUUUCUGUCUUUCUUUUUCUUUUUAUCUCUCUCUGUCUUUCUGUCGGUGUGUCCGGGUGUCGAAUGAGCGAGGCUUUUGGUGGCGGGACACAAUGGGGCAAAGUGCCUUUGGCGACUGGGCUGUUGUCCUCCUGAGAGGGGGAGGGGGAAGAGAGAAGACCGGCGCACAGAGCUAACGUAGCUAGCCGGCCUCGGGCCUCUUCUACCGCUCUCUCUCUCUCUCUCUCUCUCUCUCUCUCUCUCUCUCUCUUUCUGUCUCUCCCUUGCAGUCUUCCACUCACUCGUUCUCUUACUAGGGCGAACAGGAGCUUUCUUUUCAGGGCUUAAACCCUUCACUACGCUCAGGAUUAAUACGGACUUCCUGUGGAUUUAACAUGUAUCCGAUUCACUGGAUCCCGGGACACGUUUACUUGAACUGGAGAUGUAAAAGCUAGCUGUGCUCAUGUUUUGGGAUUAGAGCAGUCCAUUUUAUUGAAAAGAAAAGUUUUCAGCCUUUUUUUUGUUUGUUCCUUUCGGUUUUGUUUUCCCGAAGACAGGAACCUAUAAAUGGAUUACAAGAUGCAUUCCAAGUCCAAUGAUUUGCUGGAUUUUCAGACACUGGAUGCCCUUUUGGAAAAAAUUGCACAUUAUUCAGCAGCCGUAAAAAGAGAUCCCAGCGAGGAGUGCAAUGGAAUCGGCGGCACUCUCCCUGCAGAGGCCGCGCCCGGCUCGAGGCUGAACGAUUGGUGUCCUGUGGCCUCUCCUCCUGCUCCUCAUCCUCCUCCUCCUCCUCCACCCGCCCCAGCGCCCGUGCUCCUCCAGACCAGUAUGGGUGACGGUCUUGACACCGCACCGAUGUCAGGGAGCAGCAGCAGCAGCAGUCAUGGGCAGCUUCAGCCCCAAUCUCAACUCUCUCAUCCCUACAACCCCCCUCCCCCAGAGAUCAUCAAUUCAGCACGGCCGAAGCGCCAGACCAACCAGCUGCAGUAUCUCCUCAAGGUGGUGCACAAGAUGCUGUGGAAGCACCAGUUUGCAUGGCCCUUCCAGGCUCCGGUAGAUGCCGUCAAGCUUAACCUGCCUGACUAUUAUAAGAUAAUUAAAAGCCCUAUGGACAUGGGAACAAUCAAGAAACGGCUUGAGAACAGUUACUACUGGAACGCCCAAGAAUGUAUCCAAGACUUUAACACCAUGUUUACCAACUGCUACAUCUACAAUAAGCCAGGAGAUGACAUAGUCUUAAUGGCUGAGGCGCUGGAGAAACUUUUCCUCCAGAAGAUUUCGGAAAUGCCCCAGGAGGAGAAUGAGAUCACGGUCAUGACUCCCAAGGGCCGCGGCCGGGGCAGGAGGGAUCCAGGGUUGACCUUGAAACCCCCUGGACCCAGCCUGGAUUCUCCCUCAACGACUCCUCAGACUCGCGGCAUUUCCAAUCACGGCCCGGGGCAACAGACUAGAGGACCCUUACCAGGUCCUCCAGCGCUUCCUCCUCAGGUGGCUCUACAGCAAGCUCUGCCCCCUCGUGUUCCCCCUACGAUCCCCCAGUUGGGUCCGCCCUUCCAGCUCGGCCCUUCAGACCUCAACCCUCCGAGCACCAUCAUGACCUCGGUGCCUCCCCCGACCAAUCUUACCCAGACUGCCCUUCCACCCAUGCCCAUUCAACAGAGUCCUGCACCGAUGCUUCAGAGCGUUAUGCCUAAACAGAGAAAAAGCCAGAAGAGGAAAGCAGACACGACGACCCCCACCGCCAACGACCAGCUGAGCGAGUCUUCUCCUGCAGAGUCUAAGUCAGGGAAGACUCUGCCUCGACGAGAGAGCACACGGCCAUCCAAACAGCCCAAGAAAGAAGCUCCAGAUUCGCAGCACCAUCUCGCCUUCACCGCGCCCGUCGGCCCCAACAGCCCCAAAGUGCUGGAGCAGCUGCGUUACUGCUCGGGCAUUGUGAGGGAGAUGUUUGCUAAGAAGCAUGCCUCUUAUGCAUGGCCUUUCUACAAACCAGUGGACGUGGAGACGCUGGGACUGCAUGACUACCAUGACAUCAUUAAACACCCCAUGGACCUCACCACCAUCAAGGAAAAGUUGGACACCAGACUGUACAGAGACGCACAGGAGUUUGCUGCAGACGUGCGGUUAAUGUUCUCGAACUGCUACAAAUACAACCCUCCAGACCAUGAGGUAGUGGUGAUGGCACGCAAGCUGCAGGAUGUGUUUGAGAUGCGGUUUGCUAAGAUGCCGGAUGAGCCAGAGGAAGUCUUUACCCCUGCGCCUGCCCCUGUACUGCACCCUGCGGCUCCGGUGAAGCCCCAGCCACCCAUCGUUCCUGCCUCAUCCUCCGACAGCUCCAGCGACUCCUCGUCCGAGUCGGAAUCCUCCACCGAUGAUUCUGAGGAGGAGAGGGCUCAGAGACUUGCGGAGCUCAAAGAACAGCUCAAGGCGGUCCAUGAGCAGCUGGCAGCUCUGUCUCAGCCCCAGACCAGCAAACCAAAGAAGAAAGAGAAAGACAAGAAGGAAAAGAAAAAGGAAAAGCACAAAAAAAAAGCCAUCCCUGGACUGGAAGAGCUCCUUGAGCCUCCUUCCGCUCUCCCAACGCCGAAAAGCAAGAACAAAAACAACAAGGAUCCUCUGCCUAAAAAGACCAAGAAGCCAAGUAAGAAGGAGGGCAUAAAGAACAACCGCUCCAUUCCUCCCCCGAGCACUGCACCUCCCACCCUGCAGCCAGUGCCUGGACUCGACCCUGUGGAAGAGCUGGCUCUGGCAGUGGGCCCUGGAGCUGCAGGCUUGAUGCCUGCCGAGAAGUGUAAGCCCAUGUCCUACGAGGAGAAGAGGCAGCUGAGCCUGGACAUCAAUAAGCUGCCCGGGGACAAGCUGGGACGCGUGGUCCACAUCAUUCAAUCCCGAGAGCCUUCACUCAAAAACUCCAACCCGGAUGAGAUCGAGAUUGACUUUGAGACGCUAAAGCCUUCUACACUGCGGGAGCUGGAGAGAUACGUUUCAUCCUGUCUCCGUAAGAAGAAGAAACCACCCGAAAAGACCAUGGAGACUAUGAGUGCUAAGCCGAAAGGUUCGUCCUCAGACUCGGGCAGCAGCAGUGAGUCGAGCUCAUCCGACAGUGAAGACUCUGAGUCAGGAAUGGCUACUAAAUUGAAGAAGAGAGGUCACUCUGCGAAAGAAGGGAAGAAAGGCCACCACCCAGUGAUCGCACCAGGUCUGGUCCAGCCCCAGAUGUCCCUCCAGCCCCAGCCGCCGGUCUUGCAGCCCACUGCUCAAAUAAAACAACAGCCACAGCAGCAGGAGCAGCAUCCGUCUCCUGCAGCGUACAUGGCUCCUCCGGUCACGGCGCUGGAGUCGUCCCAGAUGCUUGAGAACACGUUUGACUCUUUACCCCAUUUCGGACAGCCCCUCAUGCACAUGCCCCACCACACCAACGACUCGUCCUCUCCCGCCCCGCCUCACCUCAACGCUCACACCACAAGUGGCCCUGGGUCACCUGACACGCACCCUUUCUUAAACCAGCACCCCAUCCUCCAAUCCCCAGCACUGCACAACGCUAUGCCUCAGCAGCCUUCACGUCCUAGCAACAGAGCAGCGCCACUUCCCGCCAAGCCUCCGCAGCCCACGACUCCUCAGCAGCCCCUGCAGCUCCAGCCCCAGCAGCUCCAACCCCAGCAGCCCCCUCAACCCCAGCACCACCUUCCUCCCCACCUUCUGCAUCCCCCUCAGCCCAUUCGACAAAGGCCCAUGUCCCCUCCUACGCUUACCCCGCAGGGUCUGCUUUCAUCACAGCCUCCUCAGUUACUGCUGGAGGAUGACGAGGAACCGGUCAUGCCCCUCAACCAGGUCCUUUACCUGCAACACCUGCAGCAAGGUCUUAAACAACAACAGCAGCAGCAACAGCAGGUCCCACUCCUGCAGGCCCUCCAGGGCCGUCAGUCACAGCCACAGAGCCAGGCUUCCCUCCUGCAGACGGUGCAGGUGCAGCCACAGCUGCCUGUGCAGACCCAAAUGCCUGUCCAGACUCAGCCCCAGGCUGCUCCAGCACACCAGCCGUCACCGCAGAUGCCCCAGCACGCACCCAGACACAUGCAGCAAUCACAGAGCCAGCAGCAGCAGCAACAACAACAACAGCAGCAGCAGCAGCUGGCUUUCUCACAAGGCCCAGUGCAGACCACGCAGACGCAGCCGGCGCAGCACAAGGUGGCCAUGACUUCCAAUAAAUCGCAGCAGCAAAUUAUUCAGCAGCAACAGCAGCAGCAUCCUUCUCCACGUCAACCCAAACCUGAUCCCUACAGCACAGGGCACCUGAGAGAGAACCCCUCUCCUCUUAUGAUGCAUUCCCCUCAGAUUGCUCAGUAUCCACCUGUAGUCCAUCAAUCUCCUCCACAGAACCUCCAUCCCAAAAAAGAGCCACAGCAAGGCCCGCCAGCUCUUGGGCCACUGAAGGAGGAGAAGCAGCAGCAGCCUCCGUCACCCGUGAUGAGGAGCGAGUCCUUUAGCCCGCCCAUACGACCAGAAUCGCACAAACAGCCCGAGGGCAAGACGCACAUGCCAGGCCACAGCCAGCAGAGACUGGACAUGAAACCUCUGGACUCCUCUCGUCCCGUUAUCCGCUCCUCAGAACAGAGCGGUCCACCGCCGACCAUGCCGGACAAGGACAAGUUCAAACAGGAGCCCAAGACUCCUGUGGCUCCUAAAAAGGUACAGGAUGUCAAGCUAAAGAACAUGGGCUCAUGGGCCAGCCUGGCGCAGAGGUCUACGUCUACGCCGUCCUCUGCGGUAAAAUCGAGCAGCGACAGCUUCGAGCAGUUUCGCCGCGCCGCCCGGGAGAAGGAGGAGAGGGAGAAAGCGCUGAAGGCUCAGGCCGAGCAGGCUGAGAAGGAUCGGCUGCGCAGGGAGCAGGAGAAACAGCGGGGACGGGAUGAUGAAGACUCGAUGGAGGUUCCUCGAAGGCCCCACGAGGAGCAGCGGAGGCGCUCGGAGCACCAGCAGGCCCAGGCUCCUCCGCCGCAACCGCAGCACCAGGCCCCAUCCCAAACACAGAACCAACAGCCCCAGACACCGUCCGCCACGCAGCCAUCGCAGGCUCCCCCUCAGUCUCCAGCGUCCAGCCAGAGCGCCCUUGACAGAGAGAUGGCACGCCGCCGCGAGCAAGAGAGGAGGAGGAGAGAGGCGAUGGCAGCUACCAUUGACAUGAAUUUCCAAAGUGAUCUGAUGGCUAUCUUCGAGGAGAACUUGUUUUGAAAUGCACGAGGAGGCACGAGAGACUGCAAAAAAAAUAAAACACACAAAAAAAACAAUCAACAAAAACAAAACAGAACCGCUUGUGGAUUCCUCUGCAUAGAGAGAAACGGACCGAUGAAGCUGUAAGGGAAUUUAAAACAAACAGCAAAAGAAAAAAACAGAAAAAUCAGAGCAUGAGAAAAGUGCCGCAGAGGUGAAGACGGCACCGGCGAGCUGAGGCCUUGACAGGACGCCCCUUGAUGCCUGAGCGGCGGGGAAAUAAAGAGGGACCCUCGAGCUGGGACGUGAUUGCCUCUCUGGCAUUAUUCCUGGAUUUAAACCCGUAUAAGUAGCAGGAAGGAGAGGACGUUUCCACCGGGCGCUCUUUGGCUCGCACGCACGAAUGGGAGCAACGCUUUGGACCUUGAUAUCAGUGGAAGUAUAUCUAAGUGACAACAGUUUAAACGUUCUGAUUUACCCAUAGUAGGCUGUUCUUCAACUGCCAGAUGUGUGAGGGGUAUUGCUUUAUUUUUCCUCCUUUCAAUUUUUUUUCCCUUUUUUUUGGCACUCCCCCCUUUUUUUUGUUUAUUGUUUUGUUUUUUACAAGCAAGUGAUUUAUGCUAACUCAUGAUCAUAGCGUGUCUCAGCUGAGGAGAGACAUGCCAGCAUCACCGUACACAACAUUCAACAACAACAAAUAAUAAUAAUAACACACAAACACACGUGUUAUCACUUUUUUCUUGUUUUUUUCCAUUAUGUAGGAUCUACUGUAAAAAAUAUUCAUUUCUUUCUUAAAGAUUUUUUUUUUAAAAACACUUCUUACAAACACUUAACCCUUUUUUCUGAUGUCUAUGCCAAACAAAGUCCUAGUCCUUAAGACAAUUUUUUUUUUUCAUUUAACACGUCUUUUUCUUUUAAAUAUAUAAAUAUAUUUUCUUGUCCUCCGCACCAGACGUGAAAGUUUUAGGUAGCCUUGUUAGUAGAAUAUUCCUAAUAUAUGCAUUAUUCCGACAAUUGAAGACGAAGGAAAAAAAAAAAAAAGGUUAAGUUAUACUUUAAUCCACGGUCAGAGGAGCUGUUUACCUGUUAUCCUUGAGUUUGAGAUUAAGUUUUUGAAAGCGUACAGUGCUACAUUACUUUGUGUAUUAUACAUGAUAGAAAGAAGACCUGAAAGCGUCUGAAAGUGGUUCACGUUCAGUACGUUUACAGAAAUAAUCGUAAGGCUCGAGCACGUAUGAGCAGCCGGCUGACUCUGAAUCCUCUGAGACUCCUUUGGAAGUCACCUCUCGAGCGCUUGGAUGUUUCUUGCAUGUCUUUCUCUUUCUGUCUCUCUUGCUAUCUGUUUUCUUUUUUUUCUUUUCUCCUUUUGCA